CCGCCAUUAUGCCGCCGAGAUUAAACAUCGCCGCCUUUGCACGACCAAUUGCCUUUCGCCCAAAGCGCCAUGUGCAAUGGCCUGCACGGUCAGCCCUCGGAUUGACGCCGUCGCAAUUCCGCCUGUCGUCUGAUUCAACGAAACCGCCCGCCGCCGACCGUUCGAAGCGAGAGGACGCAAAGCCUAUUGAACAUGUCUCCGAGGAAGCAGCUUCGAUGGCGCAGACCAUGGGCGGAGAGGGACCCGACCUUAGCCAGGGCACGCCAGUUGAAGAUGUUGUCAAAGGCGACAAGGCGGCACAGGAGAUGCUGCCCAAGGUGAUGCAGGACAAGCUCAAAGCCCAACAGUCCAAAGCGACACCAAACGCCGCGCCAAAAGGAUCGCGAUCAUACUCGACCAUGACGACUCAAACAAACGGAGAGGGCGGGCUGGGCAUGGGCCUGGCAGACGUGCACAAGGUGUCGACAGCGCCAGCGAUACCAGGCUUGAAAUUUGACAUGCCAUCUCUCCCACUGCCCAAGGAUGGCCACGUCAAGCAUCGACACGAUCCGGUGGUUGACCAGGUAACUAAUCUGCUCAUGAAACACGGCAAGAAGAGCGUUGCGGAGCGGAACAUGGCACUGAUCCUGCAAUACCUCCGAACAUCACCCAUCCCCACCAUCAACCCCUCGAAGCCGCUGCUCCCCGGCGCGCCCCCGCCUUCACACCUUCCGCUCAACCCCGUACUCUACCUGACACUGGCGAUUGACUCGGUGGCACCGCUCCUGCGCAUUCGAAGUCAACGAGGCGCGGCGGGCGGUGGUGUUGCGCUUCAGAUCCCGGUGCCGCUGGGGCAGAGGCAGCGGCGGCGGGCGGCCAUCCAAUGGAUCAUGGCGGCGGCGUCCAAGAGGAGGAACAUGGGCAGUGGAAAGAACAGCUUUGCGCAGCGCAUCGCACACGAGAUCAUUGCCGUCGUGCAGGGCACCAGCGGCAUCUGGGACAGGCGCAAUGCCAUCCACAAGCUGGGCGUCGCAGCACGAGCCAACAUUGUGCUGCCGAGGAAGAGGUAGAGCGGGCUGCUGCAGGCACACGCAAGAUGGCGUGCGGUCGGAACACACCAAUGUACAAUACAUGCUACAUAGAUAGAUAGAUGUCUGCAUCGAAAUGGAUGAAUGCGGUAACUCGGGACGCG